AUGGCAUAUUGCUUGGAAAUAACUGAUGACACGCUACUGGGUAUGAAGCUGAACACCCUUCUUAUUAACAGAGGUACUGCGGCGUUACGACGCAUAUUUGAUCGCUAUGUACCUCCCCCUCAGCUCCUGAAGUUCUUGAACCGGAAGAAACCUGACAUACGUAAACUGAAUCGAGAGGGCAAGAUAAACAAGUCCCAGUGGGACAAACUUUACCCGGCGCCGGCGGUUGGUACCCCUGCUUCUAAACACUUCGACAUUUCUCUUCUUUACGUUUUGCUUCGUAACGUUUGUGGAAUGCCAGCUCCUGCUACUGGCUGGGCCGCAAAACCUCCUUCAACGGAUAACACGACCCAGGCUGCAGUGAAAAUGAUACAUUGGUAUCGAAACCAUUACAGUCACGCAACGAUUGUCGAGAUCGACGAAGCUUCAUUUCAAUCAUCUUGGAAGGAGAUUGCUGACGCAGUUCAACGUCUCGGUGAAGACGCUUCGCGAGUAGAGAAUCUUAGAGCCGCGCCACUGUCUGCUAACAUUUGCAUAGAAAGACUUGCUAAGUUUGAUUUCUCCGGGGAAGUCCAUUUUUACGCAUCCAAGCAUCAUCCAGGAACUCGUAAAUGGGUUUUCAGUCAUGUCGAGAGUUGGUUUCAAAAUCGCAUGUCUGAUUCACGUGUUUUUAUCAUAACUGGAAAUGCUGGUAUGGGCAAAUCUGUUAUUGCAGCACAGUUAUGCCAUAACAUGAAAGAGCGCUCGGCGCUUGGUGGAAUGCACUUCUGUCAGCACAAUAACCAGAGGAGAAGGAAACCAGAGCUAAUGGUGCAGUCACUGGCCAGACAUUUGUGUGACAAUCUUCCAGGUUUUAAGGAAGUCCUGACGGGUCAGUUGGCUUGCUUAAACACAACUGAUCUGACGACCAUGAAUGUGGAGGAACUGUUUACGCACGUUCUUCAAGAGACUACGAACAUGAUGGCAGAUCCAGGGAUGAACAUCCUCUUGGUGGUGGACGCUGUAGAUGAAUGUGAACAUCAGGGAAGAAACGAAUUCUUUGAUAUGAUAAGAACACAGUUCCACAAGCUACCAUCCUGGAUAAAGUUUGUUAUCACCGGUCGCACUGAGCAAGCAAUGAUUGACAAACUAGCUCACUUCAACCCGUUUGUCCUCCACCCCUCGGACGAGAAGAACGAGAAAGACAUCGAGCUAUUUUUUGAAGAAAGCUUAAGGCGGCUGUUGCCCAAUACCAGCAUCGAGCAAAAUGUUAGUCGCUUUGUAAGUCAAGCAGAAGGACUUAUGUUGUAUGCACACUUUGUCAUUAAGCAUGUCGAAGACCAUAAAAGCACCCUCACACCUUCAAAUCUCUCAGAUGUUUUCCCUCGUGGGAUCACAUCUGUCUAUGAGCAAUAUAUUGAUCGCCUGCAAAAGGAUCUUGGAGUUGGCAAAGAGCGUUUCUUCGAUUUUCUUUCGUCACUUGCUGCUGCACGUUCUCCUUUACCUGCGACCAUGGCGUCGAGAAUUCUCGGCCUGUGCUAUGACAUUGAGGAUGGUUGGAGCCAAUUCCAAAAGAUGUCAGCAUCAAUCUCACGUUUGCUGCCCAUUCAUGACGGUUGCAUCGAUGUUUUCCAUAAAUCAAUUGUUGACUGGCUCUGUCACCCUGAAUUGUACGGUCAACAUAAAUUUACGGUAAAAAUCACACGAGGAAAUGUCGUGUUAUUGAAAGAAUGCGAAAGGACCUACAAUUCCAUCAAGCAACGUCAAGAUGUCCCUGUGGAGUACUCUCAAGAAGAAAGAUACGCCCUUCAGCAUGGAACGCACCAUUUCACAGCCUUACCAAAACUAGAUGAAAGCCAGAAAAACAGACUUUUUCGUCAUGCAUGUAGCCUGGAGCUGCUAUUUGCUCAAUUGCAGAGCAAAGCUUGCGACGUUUUCUCAUUAAUUGAGGAACUUCAAAGCAUCAAACCAGUCUUGAAGCUUUCAGGUGAUGACUCGAAAGAAGUCGAUGAUUGUAUAACUUGCCUCAGGCGUCAUCCCUACUUGUUGAUGGAGAACCCAAACAUGAUUUUUCAGUUAUUAGUGAACGAAGCCGAAUCUACAGCAACAAGUCUCGAAGCUUGUUCUGUGAUGUAUCAAACAAAGUACCAACUUCCCCUCCGCCUAGAGGUAGUUAACAGAUCCCAGACAACAGACCCUGUGAUCACUAAGUUCCGCUGCAAAACCAGCGUAAAUUGUUGUGAUAUUUUAAACCAGGCUGAGCACACUCUGUUGGUCUGUGGAUGUGCAGAAGGUUUCGUCCACAUGUUUUCAGUGGAAACAGGAAGAGAACUAUGGAGGAACAGAUCUGACGUAGUGAUCGACAUCUGGCCAACCGAGGAAGAGCGUUGUAACUACUGUUUUUUUGUCCCACAACAUGGUGUGGUUGUCCACGGUCGAUUCGAUAAAGCUGUAACAUUUGACGGUGGAUCAAAGGAGCUAUUUCCAGAAAACGAGCACACCUUUAUCGAUGCUUGUAUCUCACAAGACAGAAAAACGAUGGUGACUAGGGAAACUCAUGUGACAAACAACCUUAUGAUUUGGGAACUUGACAAAGGAGAGCUGGUAAUCAAAUUGGAACCGCCCACUGGGGGCGUCACAUGUUGUGCGAUUUCAUCAUGUGAGCAAUAUGUCAUCUCAGGCAGUUUUGAUAGAGGUGUUUCCCUUUGGAACAUGAAUGUGCGCGACUACACUUAUCAGCAGAAUGCAUUUAGUAACGAAGAACCUUUAACAGUGGAUUGCCUUUCUGGAUCAGAAGGAAAUUCACAGUUUGUGCUUCUGAAUUCCUCCAAGAAACAACUGUUGACAUUCUGUGAAUUGCUUACGAAUGAAUUUGAGUGUUCUGAACUUAGAGAGAUAAACCUAGGGUCGACUCAUAGAAGUCUUGGUGUAUCAAACCGUGGAGACUGUUUGUACGUAUGUGGUGAAUCUCGCCAAUUACAUUGCCCGGGUUUGCCAUUCGCAAUACGUAUUGCUCCAAUUUCGAAGCGAACCAGGUGGACAUAUGCCAAAGAGGUUGACACGGAAAGAGUGCUUCUGAAGGACUUUGACACGGUCUAUAUGUGUCGCACUCUCGAAAACAAAAGUUCUGCAGAAAUGGCAGAUUGUGGAGUGAGAGCUAUUUCCUUUUCGGCUAACGGUCAGCAUUUAUACGUUUUGUGCAAAGUGGGAAUGAGUGUAUAUGAAGCUUCCAGUGGGAGAUGGCUUCGUGGUAACCGGUCCAUCCACGCAAAAUCUUUUGCACUGUCACCGAAUGACAAAUCGAUUUUGUUUCAAAGAGAAGCUUGUUUUGAAUUGUGGAAUUCCGACCUGCAACAAAGAGUUAAAUCUCUAGAACAUCCGAUCACUCCCCAAAGGUUCUUCAGUUACCUCGACAAUGAUCUGGUUUUGUUUGUUUCCAGAUCGGGACACAUCCAGAUUUGGAAUCUCGAUGAAUUGACGUUUAGGGACAUCAAUGGCCCCAAGCAGUCUAUGAUCGAGUGCUGCGACAUCUUUGUUUUCGAGCAAAAAGACGGCGUCUCUCAUUAUCGUCUCCUAUGCUGUGAUCGUCAAAGAGGUCUAAUGUUGUACGAUACAGUGAAAGUGCAUCACAUUCAGCGAAGCGUUCCUGAAGAAGAAAUUGUCAAAUGCUGUAAGUUUUCGUUUGAUGGACGCUGUAUUGCCACAGGACACAUUGACGGAUCAUUACAACUUUGGGAUGGUCAGCAUCUUGAUCUGAAGAAACGCCUGGGUUGCGGUGAUAAUCUACUCAAAGGGUGUGGCUAUCUAGAGCAAGACUUUGGCGAUGCAGUUGCAACGGUCAGUGAAUCGGGAACGUUAAGGAUCUGGGAUGCUUUCUCACGCGCUCAACUCGGAUCUAUGAAAUUUGAAAGCAACAUCCAUGGACUUGUAGCUUCACCGGUAAAGGCUCAAGUUUGUAUUGCUCUUGAAGACAAAUUUGUCAUCGUAAAUGUCCACAGACUCGAGUUUGAUUGAAACAUAAUCAAACGAAAAUCAUGAAUAGGGUAGUCACACUAGCGGAAAACUUCCCGAUGUAACUAGGCAAAGUUUGCACCACACCCAGUGGAAUUACUUUUUCAGAGUUAGUUCAAAUCGUUGACCCUGCUGCAUGGACCACCAACCUAGAGAAGUGGUAGACUACCCUAAACAGAAUACCCAUAGAACAGACUCAAAAGUUAAAUUAGUCGCUGUCGAGAUUAUUUGAUUUUUAAAAAGAGGAGAAUACGUUUCCACACUGCAUAAUGUUGCCUUAAACAUUAGUUGACAAAUUGAAAGAGGAAAUAGAGGGAUUAGGAGAUGUGGAGGCCGCGUCUUUUUGCUCAAGCUGAAGAAAAUGCCUCGAGGCGCGAUUUUUGCGUUUUUUUAAACCAACGGCUUAUGGUGAAACGACGGCGCUGUAACACUUUCCUCUUUUUUCCCUUCUCCAUCCUCCAUUAUUAAAAGCACCAGCCAUCGUCACUAUUUGUCUAAUUGUGCACAAAAUAUAGACUAAUUUAGUUUUGCUUUCAUCAAUGAUUAACUGGACUUUUGGACCGCUGCCACGUGCAGUAUCGGAUCGAACAUAAGCCAGCUCCAAUUUCAGAAAGGGAAAAUUUAUGUACUUCGUUGUAAGGGAAAUCAUG